AUGGGUGGCAAGUGCUGCACUGACCGGAAACCGCGGCCUCAAGGAUGGCGCGAGAAGCCGCUCCCCAACAAGAUGGGUGCGAGCCUCCGGCAAGCCUGGGCUGAAGGUGUCAGCGGUCAAGCGCUCUUCGUCGUCUACCUGGACAACGAGGACAAGUCCAUCGGCAUCGAGUUUGAGACGGACUCGCUCGAGGUCAAGGCUGUGACUCCAGGAGGACUCUUGGACAAGUACUGCGAGCAGGAGAACGAGUUCGUCUGUCAAGGUGACAAGAUCUAUUCCGUGAACGACUUCACCGACAAAACCGACGUUAUCCGUCAGUUGAAGGAGGAGUCUCAGCUUGAGAUUAUGUUCUCGAAGCUGAUCGUGGAUGCGAAGAUCAUUAAGAAACCAGGGAAGAAGCUGGGUGCAGCCACAGAUACCGAGACCUUCACCAUCCUCAAGAUCGCGGAUGAGAGUCUCAUCGCAGACUGGAACAAGCAGAAUCCGAAGGAGAGGAUCUGCAUUGGAGACAGGGUGAUAGCUGUCAACGGCAUUGUUGACAAUGAAAAGGCAAAACAAGAGAUCGGCUCCAAGGAGGAGCUCUUGCUGCGCGUGAUGCGAGGUCCACGAAGGGCUGAGCAGGACCCUAUGGGCGCAACGGGCAAGCUUCCUCCUCCGAAGGAUCCGGAUGGUAAGGGUGGGAAGCCACCGCCACCUGAGAAGCCUACCAUGAAGCUGUAG